AUCGCCAACCCUAAGCCCCCAAAAUCCUCUCCGCCUCUUCUUCUCCUCCAUCUUGUCGUGGGAUUCGUCGCGCUCGGACUUGAUCUGAUCUCAAGUUCUUUGUACAAACUACGGUGAUUGAUCUUCUGUCAUGGCGACCCUGAAGGACCUUCUGCCGCCGUCAAAGUCGAGCACCACUUCGCACUACGACCACUCAAACGACCCGUGGUUCAAGGAGCGGUACAGCGCCUCCUCAGAAUCCACCAGAUCUGUAGCAAUUAAACCGAAUCCAGUCCCACCCUAUGGUAAGCGCUCGGGGUUCGUUCCCAGGAAGCCUGAGGACUUUGGUGAUGGCGGUGCCUUCCCUGAGAUACACGUCGCCCAGUAUCCCCUUGGCAUGGGGAGGAAGGAUCAGAAGCCUGGUUCCAAGAUCCUCGCCCUCACUGUUGAUUCCCAGGGGAAAGUUGCCUUUGAUGCAGUCGUGAAGCAGAAUGAGAAUGCUUCAAAAAUUGUCUACUCCCAGCACAAGGACCUUGUCCCAAAGGUGGGUUUGGAAGAUGAGAUUGAGAGUGAGGAGGAAAAGGAGAUUGAGGAGAGCACCCAGCGGACAAAGGAAGCUCUGGAGAAGAUUGUUAAUGUAAGAUUGAGUGCUGCCCAGCCAAAGAAUGUCCCUACGCAAUCCACAGAGUCGAAGUUCAUCAAGUACAAGCCCUCACAGCAGUCUGCAGCCUUCAAUUCUGGUGCAAAAGAGAGGAUCAUUCGGAUGGUUGAGAUGCCUGUCGAUCCACUUGAGCCGCCAAAGUUCAAGCACAAGAGGGUCCCAAAGGCAUCAGGGUCGCCACCGGUGCCGGUGAUGCACUCCCCACCACGACCCGUCACAGUGAAGGACCAACAGGACUGGAAGAUCCCUCCUUGCAUCUCAAAUUGGAAAAAUCCAAAAGGUUAUACGAUUCCUUUGGACAAGCGGCUGGCUGCGGAUGGUAGGGGUCUUCAAGAUGUGCAAAUUAAUGACAACUUCGCUAAGCUUUCUGAGGCUUUGUAUGUGGCUGAGCAGAAGGCAAGAGAAGCUGUUGAUAUGAGAUCAAAGGUGCAGAAGGAGCUCAUGCUUAAGGAAAAAGCAAGAAAGGAGCAGGAGCUACGUGCAUUGGCUCAAAAGGCACGUUCUGAGAGGACUGGCAUUGCUCCGGCCCCUGCUGCUCCUCUGCCUUCCGAUAAGACCAUGAUUGAUGAUGCAGAACUAGGAGAGCCACAAGAACAGAGGAAGGAAACAAGAGAUGAACGAGAAGAGCGGCUGCAGCGUGAUAAGAUCCGUGAAGAGCGGAGACGUGAGAGGGAGAGGGAGAGAAGGCUGGAAAAUAAGGAUGCUGCCAUGGGGAAAAAGAGUAAGACAACUAGGGACAGGGACCGGGAUAUUAGUGAGAAGGUUGCUCUUGGUAUGGCAAAUGUUGGCGCUGGGCGUGCUGGGGAAGUUAUGUAUGACCAGAGGCUCUUUAAUCAGGACAAGGGUAUGGACUCUGGGUUUGUGACUGAUGAUCAAUACAACAUAUAUGAUAAGGGCCUGUUCACGGCACAGCCCACGCUUUCCACGCUCUACAGGCCCAAGAAAGAUACUGACGCAGAUAUGUAUGGAGGUGCAGAUGAACAGCUGGAGAAGGUUCUGAAAACUGAUAGGUUCAAGCCCGAUAAGGCGUUUACUGGUGCUUCUGACAGGCCAUCUGGUAGUAAGAGAGAGAGGCCAGUGGAGUUUGAUAAGCAGGAAGAGAAUGAUCCUUUCGGUCUGGAUCAGUUCUUGACUGAGGUGAAGAAGGGUAAAAAGCCCCUUGAUAAAAUUGGUGGUGGAGGAACCAUGAAGGCGAGUGCUGGGUCUUCAAUGAGAGAUGACUAUGAGGGAGGAGGAUCUGGAAGGUCCCGCAUUGCCUUUGAAAGAGGACGUUGACGGAUGUGUUUGUUCUCCUAUGUUAUUAGGUCAGCGUACCAUCAAAUGUUGGAUCCUUAAUGUUGUAGAACCUGGUAUGAAGCUAAGCUUCAACUGCUUAAGCAUGUGGUUGUAUUUGGAACUUUAUCGUCUCUUAUCUUGCAUUCUGAGAUAUGAACCUUCUGUAAAAGCUAAUAUCAGAAUUAUAAGUUCAGACAUAUAAGAGUGAAAUAUUUCUGCAGAGUUGGGAAGAGUGCUUCCUUUUUUAG